UCUCAAAAUCUGGAGCUCCUUUGCGUGUUUAUCUGGCCUCUGCGAUGCAAAUCUGGGAGGAUCAGUGUUUGCAUGGAGAGCAGGAAAGAAAAGCAGUGGAAGGAGGACAAAGGACGGUUUCACACAGCGCUGACUGCCCCUCACACAGACUUGGGGAUCGAUCAGCGUCUGGGGCACCAAGAGGCAGUCUGGGGGCUGGAUUCACGAGGUAAGGUGUUGAGCAGACGGGAUAGGGAGGUGGAGCAGGGGCGCAGGCACCAACACUUGAGAGAGGCACUUCCCCCUUCUUCCCUGGGUGUGUGCAGUGGGGGCUCCAGAAACGCCCCACCCCCGGGAAAGGGGCGAGUGAGGAUGGCCCCAUCUUUCCAGCCCCCGGCGAGCUCCAGCGUCCGCGAGGACAGGGAGGCCUCUAGCGGCCGGCGUGGGAAGCAGGCAAAGGCCGGCUGCGGAGGGCGGGAGGGCAUUUCCUACCCCGGCCUGGGGCCGCGCGCUUUCGCAAAGGAAGUGCCUUCCGGACGCAGGGCGGGGCGGGAAGUGGGGCGGCGACGCGUCCAAUGGCAGCUCAGAGGCCGCAAGGGGGCGGGGCGGGCCGAGCCCCGGCGCCGGCCCCACCCAGGCUGCCCCGCAGAGCCAGGCGCCGGAGUCCGCCGCACCCAGGCCAACAAGUUCUGCCGCUGGAGCCUCCACCCCGAGCCUCGCCCCGCUCCCCGCCUCUGCCUUCGGGGCCGCACAAGCCCCGCCCCUGCCGCUCCAGGGCAGAGGCCGCGCCCCCUUCCCUGCCGCAUUCCAGGGCUGCCCCUCCCCAGGCCUUCGAAUUUUGCUUUCCAGCUAGCAGUAUCCCGUUGUGUGUCCAGGCAUUUAAUUAGUCCUGCCAAAAGGGUACAUCUCCAUUUUGCAGACCACAUCCCCGAGGCGGGGAGAGGUAGAACAACACAGCCUGGAGGCUCAAAUUUGUGCUCUGACGCUGCCCAUUCCCACCUUAAGUGUCGAGGGACGGGCAGCCCCUCCAGGUGUGCUGAAGUGGGGGUCCCACGGCAGGUGCAAGGCCCACACCCCACUUGCUUAAGUACCCCGCAAUAACCACAGAAACAAGAUGGGGGUCUGGCUUUCU